AUGGAUGAUUACAAUCGAAAUGUGACUGGUUCGAGUAGAAAGAGGUCGUCGUGGGGUUCAAGAAACCUAAUUGAGUUUCUUGAAUCACUUGGUAGAGAUAUCACUAACAAGAUCUCAGAGAACGAUGUUACAACGGUUAUAACGAAAUAUAUCCGUGAAAAUCAUUUAAUGUCGAAGAAGAGGAAGAUAAAGACAAAGACAGUAGUAGCUUGCGAUGAGAGGUUGCGUUUGCUGUUCGAGAGAAGGGAGAUAAGCAUAGUCAAGCUCCCUGAUCUUGUAGCCAAGCUUUUUAAUGAGAAACAGAGAUUGAGUUCAUCAGAUGAGAUGGGUGAACAGGUUGUGCAAAAGCCUGCAAUAGUGAGAGAUGACAUCAAGAUUCUGUAUCUGAGGAAGAGUUUGGUUCAGGAACUGGCAAAGAGUUUUGAAACCUUUGAGAGUAAAGUGGUGGGGGGUUUUGUGAGGAUCAUGAAUCCUUACCAGCUUGUUCAAGUUACAGGUGUGAAGGAGGGGAAUCCAGUUGAUGGUCACCUUCUUCAGGUUACAAAUUAUUCUUAUCAUUUAGAAGAUGUUACUUUCUCUCUUCUGUCAGAUGAUGAUUUCUCUCAGGAAGAAUGUGAAGAACUGCAUCAGAGAAUAAAGAAUGGCUUUGUUAAGAGAUUUACAGUUGUGGAUAUGGAAGAAAAGGUCCGAAGUCUGCAUGAAGAUGUGACAAAACAUUCUAGGCUAUUGCAUGAAGUUCCGGAAGUUGUGGCAGAAGAACUUGAACCUGAGCGUGUAAAUGAUGACAAGAAAACAGAAAAUGACUUCAUCGAACCAAAUAAUGACGCUUCCUUUGAGGCUCAUCAAUGUGACAAAGAACAAGAACUAAGUGAUACAACAGUUUCUAGCAACCAGGAAACUCUCCUCGAUGGAGAAAACCAGCCAACAUUGACUGCUUCUGCAGGUGAUAAAGAUCUCAAUGGAGAAGUCCUCCAGCAUCCAGCAAAUGGCACCACACAGAACAAGUGCUCCACCAGUGAAGCAGAGGUGAUUGUUCUCGAAGCUCAACCAAAUCCUAUAGAGAUUAUCCAACUGAGCGAUGAUGACGAUGAUGCUGUUAAGGACAAGAACAACCGAGAUGACAAACAUUGUGAUCCAACCAAGGUAUUGUGGUUCUAUGAACUCCCUAAAGGACAAACACACGGACCAUUCUCCAUCACAGCUCUCAAAAAAUGGAACGAAGAUGAAUACUUCACUGAGAUCCCAGAUUUCAAAGUAUGGAUGAGAGGAGAGAGCGCAGAAUCUGCAGUCUCACUAACCAAACUUCUAUCUUAUAUCAAAACCUAAUUUAAAAGAAAAAAAAAACUUGAAAAGCAGUUGAGAAGUAAACAUCAAGUAAAAGCAGCUGUUGU